UACAAUUAAGUGGCAAAAAAAAAAAAAAAAAAAAGAAGCCAUAUAUCUCUCGAGAAAGAAAGAAGAAACUCUCCAAAAAAAAAAAAUCCCUACGUUUUUGUUCUUCCGCCAUGUUCAGCAGUCCAUCUCAUCUCUAGCUUUUCAUCCUCUGUUUUCCAGUAUUAACUGAAAACACUUUCCAUUGCCACAGAACGAAGCAAAAGGGCUCUCUUUUCUCUACCAGGGUACACGGGGACUUUAAUUUAAGAUAUGGCUAUUGAAAAAAUUGAAGCUACAUAUAUUUGAAUUCAGCUCUCCUGAGGUAAUUGUUUUUCUGCCAGAAAUAAUCGGGUUCUGCAUUCCUAUAUUUCUUGGGAAAGGCACCAAUUUCUCUGUUUUUCAUACUAUUGGUCAACCAUGGAUGUUUCCAAGGAAGAUACUCCUGUUUUACUCGACCGUACCACUCGGCUUACCAGGGGGAAGAGAAUGACCAAGUUGUUAGAUGAUGAAGUUGAAGUUGAUGAGUUGUUUUGGAACCAGGAUGCUCUUAAAGAGGAAGAGGAUGAUGUUAACUAUGCAGAAGAGGCAGAGGUUGCUGAUGAAUUCGAUAGUGACUUUGAUGAAGAUGAGCCAGAGCCAGAAGAAGCAGACAACAAUGAAGUUGAUGAAAGGGUGCGGCCGAAGAAGCGGUUGAUGUUUCCAGGGAAGACAUUGGUGAAAAGAAAGCAAAAGAAGAAGAAAGUGCUCUCUGAUUUGGAAGAUGAUCACAAGGAUGAGGAUGAGAUGGAGAUGGAGAAAGCAAAUGAACAGCCCACUGAACAGCCCCAGGAUGCUCCUGAGGAUGUUGAAGGAGAAAGAAUUGUGAGGAAAUCUACAAGAACUGCAGUUAUUAAUAGACAAGCUGAGAGAGAUGCCAUACGAGCAGCCUUGCAAGCUACCAUGAGGCCAAUAAAGAGAAAAAAGGAAGGUGAGGAGAAGAGGAUGACUCAAGAAGAAAUGCUUUUGGAGGCAGCCCAAACAGAAAUCAUGAACUUGAGGAAUUUGGAGAAAGUUUUAGCAAGAGAGGAAGAAGUUAAGAAAAGAGCAAUUAUACAUAAAGCUGUCUACAGUGGUCCACAAAUAAGAUACUAUUCAAAAGAUGGUUGUUCUUACCUGGAAUUUAGUAAAGGUUUGUCAUUUCAGUCGCAGAUACCAACAACACCUGUUCCAUAUCCUGAGAAAGCUGUCUGUGCGGUUACUGGUUUACCUGCCAAGUACCGUGAUCCAAAGACAGGGUUGCCUUAUGCCACAAAAGAAGCAUUUAAAAUUUUACGUGAACAUUUCCUAUAUGAAACUCGUGGUGUCCAUAAGGAAAUGGACAUGGGAAAUUUGUUUGAUUCACUUACUGGGAAUGGGUUUUCAGCAAAGCAGAAGCGAUCAGUUAUGUCACAUAAAAGAGAAGUGUCAUAUUCCCGACAUUUUGCACGUUUCCGCCAAAUUCCAGCACUAGAAGAGGAAAUGUCAGAUUAGCAGGAAUGAGAUCUUUUGACAAAGUAAAAGAGGUUGAGAUUGCCAUCAUCAGAGGAACAGUUCACAAAGCUCUAACAUAAGUUUCGAUUUAGUCAAGUCAGAAAAUGGUUAGUUUUUUAAUGUUUGUUUUCUCUUUCUCCCCUAGAGUAUUAAAAUGUACAAAUUUCAUUGCUAUGGCAUCCGAUGGUGACCUUAAGAUCUUUCAAUGGGGAUACUAAUUGGCUGAUCUAGAAGCUGUACUAUAUUACACUAGAAACGCACAUGAAAGUAGGUAGCAGUGUAUAUAUAAAGUAAUCUUUCUCCAACAUAUUUACAUUUUUUGGAAGCCUUUUUUAUUUGUUAGAGCUUGGGUUUUUGGUAAUGAAAGUUUUGCUAUUUAUUUUAA